AUGAACAACACUAUUGGACAGCUGCUGCCGGGGGACAAUCGCCUCAAUGCCACCCGGGAGGCAACCGAGGGCGAGGUGUCGAACCGCUCUGUGCCAGUCUUGUGUGAACAGGUCCAGAUCCAAGCAGAGGUGUUCCUGACACUGGGCAUCAUCAGCCUCCUGGAAAACAUCUUAGUCAUCUCAGCGGUGGUGAAGAACAAGAACCUUCACUCUCCCAUGUAUUUCUUCCUGUGCAGCCUGGCCGCUGCUGACAUGCUGGUGAGUGUGUCCAACUCCUUAGAGACUAUCGUGAUUGCUGCCCUGAAUAGUCGUCUGAUAGUAGCGGGUGACAGCUUCAUCGAGCUCAUGGACAACUUUUUUGAUUCCAUGAUCUGCAUCUCCUUGGUCGCCUCUAUCUGCAAUCUGUUGGCCAUAGCCAUUGACCGCUAUGUGACCAUCUUCUACGCCCUGCGCUACCACAGCAUUGUAACAGUGAGACGAGCUCUGCUGGCCAUACUGGGUAUCUGGCUGGCCUGUGUGGUGUGUGGUAUCGUCUUCAUCCUGUACUCAGAAAGCAAGACGGUCAUUGUGUGCCUGAUCACCAUGUUCUUCACCAUGCUGGUUCUCAUGGCCACGCUGUACGUGCACAUGUUCCUACUGGCAAGGCUGCACAUCAAGCGGAUUGCUGCGCUGCCCGCCCAUGGAGUGGUGCGCCAGCGCACCUGCAUGAAGGGCGCGGUCACCAUCACCAUCCUCCUUGGGGUGUUUGUCUGCUGCUGGGCCCCCUUCUUCCUCCACCUCAUCCUCAUCAUCACCUGCCCUAAGAACCCCCUCUGCGUCUGUUACAUGUCCCACUUCACCACCUACCUGGUCCUAAUCAUGUGCAACUCAGUCAUUGAUCCCAUCAUCUAUGCUUUUAGGAGCCUAGAGAUGCGAAAGACAUUUAAAGAAAUCCUGUGUUGCUUCAGUGCCAGUUGCAGUCUCCAAUGUAAAUAUUGA